AUGAAUGAUGAAGCUGCAAACCAUACCUGCGCGAGACGAUGGAGCUUACUUCAGGUUCGAUCGCGUAACGACAGUACCUCCGUUGGUCAUCAAGCGCAUAAAUGGCCUUUGACGUUGGCAUGUGGGUAUGGCAGGCAACUUCCUUCAAAUCGAAUCCUGCAGUCGCAUGACGCCGAAGGUUUGGAACUUGCUCCGCUGAUGAUGGCGAUGUGCGGAUCGAGCGGUUGCGACGGUGCAGCAUGUGGAGCGUGUGGCGCAUGCGGUGCUUGCGGAGCCUGUGGUGGUUGCGGAGGAUGUGGCGGAUGUGGUGGCUGCGGUGGAUGCGGCUAA